AUGUUCAAGUUCAUCGACCCGCAAGAGAACGCCCCUGGCCGCCAGCCAGCGCGGAAAGACGUCACCGUCGAACAACUCGUCAGCUGGCUCGGUUGCCCCGGCAUCACCGACAGCGUCACCGAAGACGCACUGAAAGUCAGCGGCAGCGGUGAAGAUGUAGUCUCUCUGCAGGACGAAGCGCGCGCCGAACGCCUCGCCGCCGACCCCGAGUUCCACCGCUGGCUGACCAGCAAGGAAUCGGGCCAUCUCCUCGUCCAGGGAAACUACGACCAGGCAUCGCAGAUUUCGGGACUGUCGAUCUUUAGCAGCGCGCUCAGGCGCGCGCUGUGGGGGGAGGCGCCGCGUUGCAUCCCGCUGCUGUUCUUCUGCGCACAAUCUGGCCCGCCGCGAUCCAUUGCUGCCAUUUGCCUGGAGGAGCUGGAGACCGUCGGCCACACCAUGGUCCGUAGCCUCAUCUACCAGCUGGUCCACCGCCUCGGAGAUCAUCAUACCAUUGCCAUCGAUUGUUAUGACAUCGUAGGCAUCAAGGCAGGCAGCAUCACUUGCCUAUGCAACCUCCUGUCGCACAUCCUGUCCUCGAUGCCCAGCAACACUGCGGUAUGGUGCCUGAUCGAUGGUGUGGAAUUUUACGAGCAGAAGAGGCCUUGGUUCGACGUCAAGUUGGUCCUGGAAAAGCUUGCGCGAUUUGCGAAUCCGGCGGACAACACGAGAGGAGGAGCUUCCGUUCGUAUGCUGCUUACGACCCCGACAUCCAUGGCGCGCGCGCCGCAACUGUUUGCGAACCCGCAGGUCGUCUCGCUGGCCGCGAUGGCUGGGGAGCAGCGGGACCCUGACCGCUGGGCACUUCGGCGCAUUCUGGACGAAGAAGUUGAGAAGGCACACGGGUACUGGAAGCCACAGAAGCCUCGUGCAGAUCUGGAUGACUUUGAGGCUUGUCUGCGCGGAUGGAGGUAUCUGAUGUCAUUUCAGAUGCCCGUCACCUGGCCGGGGGAGAGGGACGCUCGUGACCUGCCGGUGUCACGUUAUGUCGGCCAAGCAGGCUACGAGUUCUAG